GUUGACGAAUUUCUACCUGAAGUUAACGAAUCAAACUUAUUCGUCUUACAACGUGCUAGCGAUCAAGCCAUCAUCAAUCCAACCGCAGGCGAGGAAGAAGAGAAAAGCGAUGAGAUUCCAGCCGAUCUAUUGAUUCCCGAUUCAAUUCCCGAAAUUGACGAACAUUCAGAUUCAUCAGACGACGAAUUGGUGCUAAAACCUCCCGUAGCCACGUUAACCCCAAAAGCAGCAGAAAUGAAUUCAAAUCUGGUUAUUUCAAGUCUUCGAUAUCAUCAUCAUCAUCAGAUGAUGAUAGUUUAUCGAAAGGUUUGAACUUUCAGAACCUCACAGUAACUGAUAG